UAAUACUAGGAUGGGUCGAUUAAAAUCACAAAAUAAACAUCUUAAAAACAUUAGAAAACUUCGGGAAUGUGAACAAAUAAAAAAAUUAAAAGAUUAUAUUAAUAACCCCCCAAUGCUGCUUAAUCAUCUGAUUCCAAAAUUUUCACAAUUAAAUAAUGAUGAUUUUAAUUUCUUAACAAAAAAAAUUCAUGAAUCCCGUGAAAUGAAUAUUUCCAUUCAAAGACAACUGCUUGAUUACCUGAUCCCAUCAUUCGAACAACUAAAUGAUAAUGUUUUCAGUUAUAUUAUAAAAAAAAUCUUUGAAUCCAAAAAAAUAGACAUAUGUGUUCAAAAACAACUACUCGAUCACCUGAUUCCAUCAUUCAAACAAUUAAAUGACAAUGAUUUCAAUUUUAUAUUAAAAAAACUUCUUAAAUCCCUUGAAUCUAGAAAAAUGAAUAUGCGUGUUCAAAAACAACUACACGAUCACCUGAUUCCAUCAUUUGAACAAUUAAAUGACGAUGAUUUCAAUUCUACAAUAAAAAAAAUCUUUGAAUCCCGAGAAAUGAACACCUAUGUUCAAAGAAAACGCAAUGACAUAUUUAUGCGUGUUUGUAACCUACCUGACCAACAAAUCUUCAAUGCGUUGAAUCUCUUUCAAACUAUGAUCUACUCUCAAGGAAUUUAUAAAGGGGAAAUAAUUUCUACCUAUUUACAAAAAAAGGCGUGUGAGUUUAUUGUUGUUAGUCUUUAUCAACACAAUCACACUAUUAACGUGUUAGAAUUAAAAAUUAGUAAUUUAAAGAAAGAAAAUCAACUCUUAAAAAAAAAUAGAUAUGCAAUUAACAAUAAAUUUCAUUCAUUAUCUGCACAAAUAAUAAAAGCCAAACAAUCAAAAAUAAGACAAACUUCAAAAAUUCGAUCAUCAAUUCGUAAAGCAAAAAAAAUUCGACCUGUUCAAUUUCGACGUGCUGUUAAUAGAUUAUUUAGAGUAAAUAAUAAGGAAUAUAGCGCAAAAUUUGUAAAGUUAGCUACUAAUAUUAAAAAUAUUUAUAGAUUGUUCGGAGAUGAAUUGGUUGAUGCUGAACAUGAGUUAGAUACUAUAAAUUUUGAAAAUUUUCGUGAAUCAUUACGAACUGGGAUAGAGAAUGCAUUAGAUGGAUUUGUUAAGUGGAUGGAG